AUGACUCCGGCAGUCUUUCUGGCUAUCAUAUGCUUGGGAGUGACCUUGGCUGCUCCAACACCUGACUACAAUCUGGAUGCUGAAUGGGAAAAGUGGAAGAAAAGCUAUGAGAAAACAUACAGCCCAGAGGAAGAAAAGCAGAGGAGAGCAUUAUGGGAAGAAAAUGUGAAAAUGGUUAAACAGCACAUUGUGGAGAAUGGACUGUGGAUGAACAACUUCACCAUAGAAAUGAAUGAAUUUGGUGACAUGACUGGUGAAGAAAUAAGACUGAUGACGGAGAGUUCAUCUCUGACUCUGAGUCAUGGAAAACGCAUCCAGAAACGCAACCCCAAAAUUCCCAAAACUUUGGAUUGGAGAAAGGAAGGUUAUGUGACUCCUGUGCGAAACCAGAGAGCAUGUGCUGCAUGUUGGGCUUUUGCUGUGGUUGGUUCCAUAGAAGGACAGCUGUUCAAAAAAACAGGCAGAUUGAUCCCACUGAGUGUUCAGAACCUGGUGGACUGUUCUAGAUCUUUUGGCACUAUUGGAUGUAAAGGAGGCAGCACCUUCAAUGCCUACCAAUAUGUGAAGAACAAUGGAGGACUGGAGGCUGAGGCAACCUAUCCAUAUGAAGCAAAGGAAGGUCACUGCAGGUACCGUCCUGAACGUUCUGUUGUUAAGAUCACCCGCCUUAUGGUUGUCCCAAGAAAUGAAGAAGCCUUACUCAAUGCUCUAGUAGCUAAUGGGCCCAUUGCUAUUGGAAUUGAUGCUAAACAUGAAUCUUUUGAAAAAUACACAGGAGGUAUGUAUCAUGAGCCAAACUGCAAACGUGAUUCUCCCAACCAUUCUAUGCUGUUGGUUGGUUUUGGCUAUGAAGGCCGAGAGUCAGAGGGCAGAAAAUAUUGGCUGGUAAAAAACAGCCAUGGUGAACAAUGGGGUGAAAAAGGCUACAUAAAGAUUCCCAGAGGUCAGAACUACUGUGGAAUUGCUAACUAUGCCAUGUACCCUGCAUUGUGA